AUGGCGCUUUGGAUGAUGGCCACUCCAGAUUCCUAUAGAUCUGUUUGCGAGCGCUUCGACAUAGGCAAGGCUACUGGCUGGAGAACCGUUUGGAAAUUUGUGAAAGCUUUGUAUAAAUAUUUACCAACAUUCAUCAAAUGGCCUAGCACUCAAGAAGCUCUAAUAACUGCAGCUUAUAUUGACAGACGAUAUGGAUUCCCCGGGGUGAUAGGAGCUGUUGAUGGAACUCAUAUUAACAUUCCAGCACCUCAUCUUAAUGCUCAAAAUUAUAUCAACAGGAAAGGAAGAUAUUCCAUACAAACUCAGGUUGUAUGCGAUCACACCCGAAAAUUUAUUCAUGUCUAUGCUGGUGAAGUCGGCUCGGUCCAUGAUGCAAGAGUUUUUCGACUUUCAGGAGUACAAAAUCUUUGUGUUCCAGCCAAUUUUCCUCAAGACACUCAUUUACUGGGUGAUCAAGCGUAUUCGUUACAACCUUGUGUAAUGGUACCUUAUAAAAAUAAUCGUCAUUUAACGAAUGCCGAACUUCAUUACAAUAGAGUUCAGUCAUCAGCACGCAUGAUAGUGGAACAAUCCAUUGGAUUACUGAAAGGGAGAUUUCGCAGUUUAUUGGACAAGUUACCUAUUAGACGAACAGACCUGAUACCUUAUUACAUCGUGGCAUGUUGCAUCUUGCAUAAUAUUUGUAUUUUGCAAGAUGAUUUGAUACAAUUUCCAAUAAUAAUUAACGGUAAUGUUGGAAAUGUACUUAAUGCACCUCCAAUGAUUAACAAUACUAUGCGAAGAGAUGGUAUGAGGAAAAGAGAAAGAAUAAAAAAUGCGCUUUAA